CAGCAGUGUUAUUGUCGGGAUAGACCGAAGAGGGUAGCAGGAAGGGCAAGGCCUCCAACGAAAGGGCGACAUCUUCAACUGCAAGCGAGUCGAUCUUUGAGCCAAGCUUGAAAUCUUUUGCUUUGUUCGUUUUACCGCGUUUGCACUGUGUUCUUCGCUCCUCUUCUCGGAGAUCCUAAAUCGCUUCGCUGCUGUGGCCUUCAGGCUUCCCCUGGCUGGAGCCACUGCAACGCCAAUCCCGCGGUCGAUCCAUUCGUCACCCUUCCCCGAAACUUGGCAUCGGUGGUGAUGCUCAUGCUGUUCUCUCGGUGAUACUCUCGGAAAUAUGUCAGUGUUGAGUUCCGCGUGAAGCCUAACUGGACCUGCAAAGUCCGGAUAGAGCGAACGGCCAACUCGGUCGUACUAAACCGCCAUAAUGUCGACAACUAUGCGAGGAUUGGUCCAAUUCAUAGCCGAUCUGCGGAACGCUCGAGCUCGUGAACUGGAGGAGAAGCGGAUCAAUAAGGAGUUGGCUAACAUCAGGCAAAAGUUCAAGGAUGGAAACUUGAAUGGGUAUCAGAAGAAGAAAUAUGUCUGCAAGCUCCUCUAUAUCUACAUCCAGGGAUACGAUAUCGAUUUUGGGCAUUUAGAGGCUGUUAACCUGGUAUCGGCCUCUAAAUACUCGGAGAAACAGAUUGGAUACCUGGCCGUGACGCUCUUUCUCCACGAACAACAUGAACUUUUGCAUUUAGUUGUCAAUAGUAUUCGGAAAGACUUACUCGAUCAUAAUGAGCUAAACAAUUGCCUGGCUCUCCAUGCAGUUGCCAAUGUGGGUGGCAGGGAGAUGGGCGAGGCGUUAAGUGCCGACGUCCAUCGGUUAUUGAUCUCUCCGACAUCUAAAGCGUUUGUGAAGAAGAAGGCUGCUCUUACCUUAUUACGCCUCUACCGCAAGUACCCGGGCAUCGUGCAGCAGGAGUGGGCAGAGCGCAUCGUUUCUCUCAUGGAUGACCCUGAUAUAGGUGUUACCCUUUCCGUCACGUCCCUUGUAAUGGCGCUUGUUCAAGACAGCCCCGAACAGUACAAAGGGAGCUACGUGAAAGCUGCGCAAAGGUUAAAAAGAAUCGUGGUUGAUAAGGAUAUCCCGGCCGACUAUAUUUAUUAUAAAGUACCUUGCCCAUGGAUACAAGUGAAAUUGCUGCGUCUGCUCCAAUAUUAUCCCCCAUCGGAAGAUACACACGUCCGCGGCCUCAUCAGACAGUCCCUUCAAGAAAUCAUGAACCUUGCUGUGGAUAUUCCAAAGAAUGUACAGCAGAACAACGCGCAGAAUGCAGUUCUUUUCGAAGCAAUCAACCUCCUUAUUCAUCUCGAGAGCGAACAGGCACUUAUGAUGCAGAUUUCAACUCGACUUGGUAAAUUCAUCCAGUCUCGAGAAACCAAUGUGCGAUAUCUGGGGUUGGAAGCAAUGACGCAUUUCGCCGCCAGAGCGGAGACUUUGGAUCCCAUAAAAAAGCAUCAGAACAUCAUCAUCGGUUCUCUGCGGGACCGUGAUAUCAGUGUAAGACGAAAGGGGCUGGACUUAUUGUACAGCAUGUGUGAUACGACUAAUGCACGACCUAUUGUGAAUGAGCUCCUUAAAUAUCUCCAAACCGCCGACUAUGCCAUUCGAGAAGAGAUGGUGCUUAAGAUAGCUAUAUUGACAGAAAGAUAUGCCACGGACGCCCAGUGGUAUGUUGAUAUCUCACUUAAGUUGCUCCAUGUUGCAGGUGACCAUGUCAGCGAUGAGGUCUGGCAACGAGUCAUCCAAGUCGUUACCAAUAACGAAGAGCUUCAGGCAUAUGCUGCGCAGCAUAUCUUGGGAUAUACCAAAGGCGACUGUCACGACAGCCUAGUGAAGAUCGGGGCCUAUAUUUUGGGUGAAUUUGGUCACUUGAUCGCCGAUAACAAAGGCUGUUCUCCCAUAGAACAGUUUCUGGCUCUUUAUUCCAAAAUGGCAUACUCCUCAGACCACACUCGAGCCUUCAUAUUGUCAUGCUUCGUCAAGUUUGUCAAUCUAUUCCCAGAGAUUAAGCCUCAGCUGUUACAAGUAUUCCGUGCCUACUCACAUUCUCCGGACUCCGAAUUGCAGCAGCGUGCUUAUGAAUAUCUCCAACUUGCCCUAUUGCCAGCCGAUGAUCUUCUGCGGACGGUCUGUGACGAAAUGCCACCUUUUUCGGAGAGAAUAUCAGUGCUUCUAUCCCGAUUGCAUCAAAAGAGUGCUGGAACCAGCGAUAAGCGUACUUGGGUAGUCGGUGGAAAGGAUGCCAAUGCAGACGAAAAGGAAUUUAUGUUGACUCAGAAGUCGGGCUUAAAGCGUUCCUUCACAACUCCGGCCAACGGCAUAUCUGGGACCAAUGGAGCAUCGAAAACAGGUGCCUCAAGCGACUUAUUGGGUUUGGACUUAGCAGCCUCAGACGCAACUGCGCCAAAUUUGGCAAGCGCUGCACAUCUUUCACCAGAUUGGGAUAUCGGAUUCAACAGACUCUUUUUUGUCGAUGAGGGAGUCCUGUUUGAAGACGCCCAGAUUCAAGUUGGCUUGCGGUCGGAAUAUCGCGGCCAUCUUGGUGUCUGUAAACUGUACUUUACCAACAAGUCUUCGUUUUCUAUUGGGUCUUUCACAACAACCCUCGAUAACCCUUCUCCUACCGGUUUGAAGGUAGACACCAAGAGCUUACCGGAGCCGGAUGUUCUUCCUGCAAGUCAAACCCAGCAGACUGUAUGCUUUGAAUGUCUUGGCCCCUUUACCAAGGCACCGACAAUUCGAAUAUCAUACUUGGCUGGUGCACUUCAAGCAUACACUCUUCAACUACCUGUUCUCAUGCACAGGUACAUGGAUGCGUCCGGGUUAGCCUCCGACGACUUCUUCAAACGCUGGAGGCAGAUCGGAGGGGGCCCGCUUGAGUCGCAAUCAACGUUUGGACUGGUCAACAUUAAGAAUCGAACGAUAAAUGAAGCAUCGACCCGUCAGAUCGUGGAAGGAUUUAAGUGGAAGAUAUUACCCGGAGUCGACCCAAAUCCAAAGAACAUUGUUGGAUGUGCUGUUUAUCAGGCUGAGAGCCGAAAGACAGGAUGUUUGAUGAGGCUGGAGCCCAACUACGAGAAAAUGAUGUAUCGGAUAACCAUUCGAGCCACACAGGAAGACGUGCCACCAGCACUGGUGAAAUUAAUGGAAGAAAGACUAGCGCAAGGAGUAUCAAAUGAUGAUAUGUAUAGAUAGCAUCUCGAAUAGUAGGAUUGUCAAACGCACCGACUAUCCCGGAUGACAUCAGCGGCAUUUCAAGGCAUGGCAAGGCAUCGCGCGUUCACUUUGUUCACCGUCCUUUGGGAUAAGGAUAAUAUACAUUGUAUAUAAUGCUUUUGAUUAAUUUGGUCUUUGAGCGUACGGGUA